CAGUCAUUCACCUCCAGAAAUGGCCAAAGAAUAUAUUACAGGCAAAAGCUGGGUUGAGUUAAUGGAGGAAGAGGAAGAAACCUCAGGAGAAGAACUACAAUCUCGGGAUAAAGAAUUAUCCGAGGAAGAGAGGCUUCUAGCUGAGGACGACUUGGAUACCAUGGGAGAAAGGCUAGAAGCUAAAAAAGAAAAUUUUGAUGCUGAUGAGGUGACUAAGAAAAGUGAAGAACAAAAGCUGCAUGAAGAAAGCUGUUUGGAUGUACAAGAGCAUUCCAGAACUGAAUUGAAGGGAAAACUUGAAGUUUCUGAUAUUAAAGUGAAAACAGAAAUGGAAGCUUCUUCAACCCAUGAGUUGUCUACAAAAGCUAUUUUGCCAAAUGAUAAAAUCAAGACUGAGCCAGGCACUCACACUAGAUGCAAUGGGGAUGCUUUAGUUGCUGGCAUCAAGCAAGAGACAAAUGUGUGUACUAUAAAGAUAAAAAGUGAAGUUGAGGAAAUUGAUGAUGAUAAUGAUCGAAUUUCAAAAGAACUGGAUCUCAUGGAAAAUGAGCUGUUUAAUGUACAAGAGGAAAACAGUGAUUCCGUAAAAGACAGGGUUAGUGAUUUUGUAAAAGUUGGCAUUAGUGAUUCUGUAAAAGAUAAUGUUGUUAUGAAAUGUAAAGACAGUCUCAUUGUAGAGAGCAGUGCAAAUAGUGUAGCUAAGGAAACUGAAACACACACAUUUGUACACCCAGAAACAAUGGUUAAUGGUGAUCAUAAAGCUUCUGAUAAGAUGGAUGAUACGAGACAUGUUUCAACUAGCACACAGACUUCACCAAGGAAAAAUAGAAAUACUCGUAAAAGGAAAAGUUCGUCCAAUGUAGGAAACAACAGGAGGAAAUAUUCUUGCAGGGAUCCAUCUGCAAGCAGUAGUAGCAGUGGUCGCAGCAGCAAUGCUACGACACCUCGUAAAGAGAAGAAGCCAGUUGAGUACGAAAAUGACCCUGAAAUUCUAGCUAGGAGGCAGAAACAAAUUGAUUAUGGGAAGAAUACAAUAGGCUAUGAUCGCUACAGGCAGCUAGUACCGAAGGAGAAGCGUACCAACAGGGAUCCACGGACUCCACCUAAGCACGUAAAAUAUAGCCGACGUGCCUGGGACGGCAUGGUGAGAAUCUGGAGACAACAGUUACAUGCUUGGGACCCUACUCCUGAUGACAAGGAGUCCACAACGCUGCCCGAAUUGAAUGUGUCCGUGGAUGUGAGUUCUAUGCCAUACAAGAGGAGAAUACAUUCUUGUACUGCAUCCUCUGCCUCUGGAAGCACAGAAGAUGUUGGAGCUGAUGAUUUUAUCUCACUUGACUAUGAGGAUGGUGAUUUAGAAUGAUUAUGUCAAUUGUGUUUGUACUGUGUAGUGAAGACACAACUCUCAGUUCAAGCCUGAUGCUGUUUUUUUAUUGCUGGAAUGAACUCUGCGUACUGCAGAGAUAUUUUUGUGCAUCAGUUAUUUUGUCUGGACUUGCAUGUAUUAUAAAUUUUAGUAGCUUAUUUUUGUACAAUAGCUAGGUAAUAUACAGCUGUAAGCCAGAUGAAGGCAAGUUGCAAUGUAUUGGACUGUAAAUAGCUCUUUUGUUUGUGUGACUUUAAUGUAACCUGGAGUUUUAACGUAUCUCCAUGACUGAGAUGAAAAAUAUAAUAUGCAUAGGGAGUUGCUUGUAAAGCCAGGCUGUGCCAUGGUCUUAUGUAUACUCCUCUCCAUUGAGAAACUGACAUUACCAAUUUGUGUAGAAAAAUACUGACACAUGUUUUAGUUGUUAAUUUCAAAAGAUCACAAAUGCCAUAUCUUCAGAUUUGUGCACCUUAAGACAUAGGCGCUAAAAUGACAAAGUAAAAUAUUUCUUGUUUUUUUUAUUU